CAAGUCAACUUUCUUCAUAUGAACCAUUAAUGAUGUAAUGUAAAUAAGUUUACGAGUCAGUAAUAAAAGUGGCCUAUAUAACAAAAGAAUCUUUGUGAGCAGUCCAGGAUAUAAUUUUAAAGGCAUUGCAAGCAGCCUCUUGUAUGUUAUUAAUAUUUAUAAUGAAUACUAAGAACACUUGAAAUUGGUCUUUUCUAAUUCUGGUCUUAAUUAUUAAAGAAUAUGGUGGUGAUACGAUGGAAAUUUCGGUGCAGAGGAAUCUAUCAACAAAUUAAGACCUACAUCUUAUGGAAAAUAUCGGAAGCAAUAUUGACAGUUAGAUCUCUCACAUACAAUGAGCAUAUGAGUCAGAGCUAUGCAAUUGACUUCUUUUUGGAGCCUGUAUUUUGGUUUGUUGACAACUUCGCUAAAUAUUUAGGAAAGGUGUUUGUAUUUUGCGUGAGUGUGUUGACUGCCGCUGUGGUGCUGAUAGCUUAUUGGGUAGGUGUCCCAUACUGGUGGCAACGUUGUCCAUACACUACAGUAUUCUUAAUUAUUUUUGGGAAUUGGUUGCUGUUGAAUAUAGUAUUUCAUUAUUUUAUGGGUGUUAUCACUCAGCCAGGAUACCCACCUCAUGGCACUAUGAUAUCUGAGGCUGCCAGUAUAUGCAAGAAAUGUAUAUCCCCAAAACCACCUCGUACCCACCACUGCUCCGUGUGCGACCGCUGCAUCUUGGCUAUGGAUCACCAUUGCCCUUGGCUUAAUAACUGCGUGGGCUAUUAUAAUGCUCGACACUUCUUCCUAUACAUGGUGUACAUGGUGGCAGGAGUGACAUUCGUAAUUUUUGCCGGUAUGGAUAUAGGAUAUCAAGUGCUCUGGAUAAAUGAUACAGGUGGAAUAAUCCCAAACAACGACCCGGAUUUAAUUGGUCAUCCCGUACGCUUGAACCAAACUGGCGCUCUAGUGCCAGUGAAAGUGAUUGUUGAGUAUGAUUCUAUAAACUUUCCACGUGAACACAUCUUACCAGUGCCUCCCAUUACCGAAGCACAGCGUAUAUGUGCUCACCCUUGGAAACGGAAGGGUGUAAUUUUUAUGGCUACUACAUGUUUGUCUGUAUUUUUCGCACUUGGUGUAUUAUGUAUAAUGCAUGGCAAGAAUAUUAAUAGGGGCGAAACAAGUGUAGAAUCUCAUAUAAACGCGUCUAUGCGUAAAACCCAUAAGUCUUUUAGAAAUCCAUACAAUUUUGGGAGAAGGAAAAAUUGGAAAUUAUUCCUUGGCCUCACUCAAGGGAGAACAUUUUUAAGAAACGUUUUAUUCCCUUCCGCUCAUAAACCAACUGGCAAUGGCUUGACGUGGCAUACAAUCCACAACGUUUUAGAAGACUGGCCCUAAUAAAAUAUAAAUGAAAUGAGAUUUAUUAAUCCAAGAAAGCUUACUGUAGUUACAAAUGGUUUUAAAUUAAAGUUACAGUUUAGAGGCUAAGUAAAGUGGCCUCCUGGACAAAUUAAUCGAUAACCUGUGUUUAGGAGUUCCAUGGAAAAAUGCAAUAUAUAUUAAAAUAAUAUCUACAAAAGUUUAGGUGAGCACUCAAUUAUGUACUUAUAAAAUUAACUAUUUAUAGAUCAUAGAUUUCAGUUCGUAAUAUUAUAAAAUAAAUAACGUCACAUCCAUUACAUAUUUAAAGUUAUGGUGUAACAUAUAGUAUAUUUUUAGUAUCAACAUAGUUCAUAUUUUGAAGGAAUUGACGAAUCUUAUUUUUGUUACCAAAGUGUGACAAAUCCUGUACUGGAAUUUGUGAAUUAAUUUUAUUAUACAUCGAGGGUCCUAUAUAGUAUAGAAAUCUCUUUGUGAGAGAGAAAUUCAUUUUUGAUAGGCAGCAUAUUUUGUCCUUAUGGCGUUUAGUGAUAGUGAUGAAAGGUGUCUUAUAAUGUUGUAGGAUUACGAUGUUUAAACUAAAUAAUUGCCUUACAUUCAAAACAUUGCAGUUCGUGUAUAGAAGUGUAGUAGGCUACAGUAUAGAGCGUAAAGUAGCCACUUUCAAUACAGCGCGGUGCGAGCUCGAGAAGCUUUAAAAUGGUUUUUAAUAUGCCAUUCUAACAGGUAACACCGUAGGUUACAAUAGAGUGCCAUAGGGAGUGUAUAAAUAGAGGGGCUUGCCACAUGGCAGAGUAUUUUAAAUAUACAAAUUAAUUUGCGGACCCUCGCUGUAUCAUCAUUCUGAUGACAGGUACGUUGUACAACCCAAGCUCUUCUUAGGAGAACAAGUUAUUGAUAUAUACUUAUGGUAUUCCCAUACUUCUAGUAAAUGAAACUAGUCGUAAGUAUAAUAAAAUUUAGAAAUACACCAACAUUUUAUU